AUGUCCGCAUUCAACGACUUCUGCAUAGUGUGUGAAAGGCUCAUCGACGGAUCGUCGCGCCUGUACUGCUCGCAGGCGUGCUGCGAACGCGACACGAGCGCCGGGCGGCGCAAAAGCGUCGUCGAGAGCCUCGUGGCCACGCCGCAGCUGUGUCCACUGGACAUGGACGCGGAGGACUCGGACGGCGACGAGGACUUCUUCGAGCUAGACUACACCUCGACUGUGCCGACCACGCUCAGCUCGCCACGCGCCUUCGCGAAGGAGCAGCAGGGCGGCUACUUCUCGCUAGCGCGCGACGUGGUCUUCGACCACACCGCGGAGAACAACUACAAGCUGUGGCUGAACGCCCAUGGCGCGCACGCAGGCUGA